UUUUUUUUUUUUUUUCUCUUUCCAAAACAAUCCUAAUGUCGAAAGUUUGGGAAACAAAGCUUAGUCCACAAGAAGUACAAGCGUAUAAACAACUCUUUGAAGUAGCGAGUAAAACACAGCCAGAUAUUGUAACUGGUCAGGAAGCAGUACAGUUCUUUGCAAAGUCAGGACUCAACAAUACUCUGUUAUCAGAAAUUUGGGAGACAGCAGACGAGAAAAAUCUCGGCUAUUUGACUCAAGACACGUUUGCUAUCGCACUCAAAUUAAUCGCAUGUGCCCAAAAUGGUAUCCAACCCAUUCAGCCUUUAUUCUCUACAAUUACACCUUUACCAAAGAUACAGGGUGUUCAGCUGACGCAAAAAUCCACCAUUACACCCGCAGAAAAAUCCAAGUAUGCAACCAUUUAUAAAGCACAGCAACCGACAGCCAAUGGUAUACCUGCUGACGCUGCACGCCAAUUAUUUGCAAAGUCAAGGUUGCCUCAAGACCAAUUAGCUCAAAUUUGGAAUUUAGCAGAUAUAAGAAAGAAUGGAUACCUGGAUGAGGCAGAAUUUGCAAUUGCCAUGCAUUACAUUGCCAAACUUAUGGAUAAAUCCAUCACAACUUUACCUUCCAUCCUACCCCCCGAUAUUUAUCAAUCCGUCUCAUCACCAUCAUUACCGUCUACGCGCACAAAAAAGAUUGAUUCUAUUGGUACCAUGGCCUUUUCAUCUGCUCCUCCUUCUUCAUUUGCAGCAUGGGAUGUCUCAGCCGACGAAAAGACACGAUAUGAUGCAUUUUUCACAAAACUGGAUAAACAACAAAAGGGAUAUAUUGCAGGUGCUGAAGCUGUAGAGUUUUUCAAGAACUCAAAGCUACCCGAUGCAGAUCUUGCAAAAGUAUGGGAUUUGGCUGAUAUGAGACAAUCCGGUACACUCACCAAAGACGAGUUUGCUGUAGCAAUGCAUUUGAUCAAUAAACGAUUGACAGGCGGUCAAUUACCUUCAGUUUUGCCUCAGUCAUUGGUUCCACCUCCUACACCUGUAUUACCUCCUUUCAGUCCUAUACAAAGAAGCGGCUUCACAGCGCCAGACGAGGAUUUGAUAGGCGAUUUUGGAAACGACCAAGUAGUGCAAGAAACGAACACUGUCAACCUUUUACAAAACCAAAUUUCAUCCACUCAAAAGACCACUUUGGAUAUUCAAUCACAAAAAUCCAAAUUAGAACAAUCUUUGCACGUUCUUCAAACCAAGAAACAGGACUUGCAAACACAAGUGGAUGGAUUAAAGUCACAACAAAAGGAAGGUGCUGACCAAUUACAAAAAUUGAAAUCCACUAUCGAAACGGAAAAGCCAGAGUGGGAGCAGGCCAAACAAGACUUGGAAAACGCUGAGAUCCAAUUAAAGUCCACGCAGGAAUCCGUCGAUCUUGCCAAAAAUGAAUUGAAAAAGAAUCAAACUGAAAAUGAAAAAUUGCGCAGAAAUGUUCAUAAUAUUCAAAUGGAGUCGAUGAAACUGACAAAGAUGUUGGACAAUUUGCAUGAGCAGCAUAAAAAGCGUCAGGAAGCUGCUCGUAAAGCCGAAGAAGCUCGUAAGGCAGAAGAGGCACGCAGAGCUGAAGAAGAACGUAAGGCUGAAGAAGAACGUAAGGCUGAAGAAGAACGUAAGGCUGAAGAGGCACGUAAGGCCGAAGAAGCUCGCAGAGCAGAAGAGGAGCGUCUUAGGAUAGAGGAAGAAUUACGUAAAGCCGAAGAAGCACGUAAGGCUGAAGAGGGUUGAAGAGGAACGUAGGGUUGAAGAGGAACGUAAAGCUGAAGAGGAACGUAAAGCGGAAGAAGCUCGCAGAGUAGAAGAGGAGCGUCUUAAGAUAGAGGAAGAAACCCGUAAAGCCGAAGAGAAAAGACUUGCUGAAGAAGCACAUAGAGCUGAAGAAGCACAUAGAGCUGAAGAGGAAAGAUUAGCUGAACAAGCUAGAGUUGCAGAAGAGCAAAGACUUGCCGAAGAAGCUAGAGUU